AUGACGGAUAAGCCGAUUGUGCCGGACCCGGAUUUGCAUCUGGCGGCCGAGCCGUAUGCUCCUGAGGACUGGCAGUCGUAUCAGGCACUGAAAAAUACCGAUUCUUUUGUUCCUUCGGAUGAGCAGCAAUUCGAGGCUUAUGAAGCUGGUCACAUCACCGCUGUACUCAUGGAGUCAGACCGGCCGAAUCCGCUGUUCAGGGCCCCGGUCGGCCCUAACCCACAUCAUAUCCUCGACGUUGGAACUGGAAAGGGUUCGUGGGCAAUUGAUGUCGCCGACAUGUUUCCAAGUGCAACCGUCCGCGGCGUUGAUCUUUUCCCACCCCCCGUCUCUUGGGUGCCUCCAAACUGCAUUCUUGAGAUUGACGACGUGUUACAAGAGUGGACCUGGCAACAGCCAUUUGAUUUGAUUCAUAUGCGGAUUCUUGACGCUGCUUUUACUUAUGAGGAGCAAGAGAGGUUAUAUCAACAGUGCUUCGAAAACAUCCGCCCGGGCGGCUGGAUAGAACAACUCGAAAUGUCACCCGAUUUCCUGUCUGACGAUGGAAGUCUUCCUCUGGAUAGUCUUGCUGCUAAUUUGGGCCAAACUUGUGUCCGCGCUGCCGCGAAGUCUGGCCGACCCAUGGAUCUAUACUACCGAUGCAGAGAGCUGAUGGAAAAAGCCGGAUUUACUGACAUUCAAGUCCACGAAUGCAAGUGGCCACUCGGUCCUUGGGCGCGCGACAAGCAGCUCAAGGAGGUUGGAACUGUAAACUUUGCCCAAUGGGCUGCCGGUAUGGAGGGAUAUGCUAUGUAUCUUCUGACAAAAUAUGGAGAUCCGGAGCCAUGGUCGAAGGAAGAGGUUAUGGUCUACGUCGCGAAAAUCAGGAAUGAAUUGGCUAAUCCUCGCCACCAUGUCUACCAUAGAGCGCAAGUUUUGGUCUUCUUUUAA